UAGACACCGUGCAACAUAAAUAGCUACCGGGAAGAGCAUCCAGUUGGCUUUUUUUAUUACCAACUACGUACGUACCUCUUGAUACUAUCUACACACCCAGUCAACAUCCAACUCCCAACAGUCAUGUCCGAAAUCUCGAUCAAGAAAGGCCCAAUUGCCCUUGCAGGUCUUCUAUUUAAACCGUCGAACGCGUCUGGCAAAACAUCCGGCCUUGUGAUUGUGCACCCAGGCGGCGGUGUCAAGGAACAAACUGCAAGCACAUAUGCGCGGAAACUUGCCGACGCCGGCUUCACAACCAUUGCCUAUGAUGCAUCCUUUCAGGGAGCCAGUGGAGGCGAACCCCACUUCCUUGAAGACCCAAACGAGCGCGUAAGCGACGUGUAUGCGGUUAUUGACUACCUCCAAAAACUCGAUACUGUGGAUGAAAACAGAAUCGGCGUGCUGGGAAUCUGUGCUGGAGGUGGCUAUGCUGUCGGUGCCGCAAAAGGCGACCAUCGGCUCAAGGCGGUUGCGACUGUCAGUAUGGUGAACAUAGGCGAUGCCUCGCGCCUAGGAUGGAACGGAGAUGAGGAUCCCUCGAAGCACGUGGAGGCGCUAAAUGGAGCAGCUGCCCAGAUUACAGCAGAAGUGAAAGGCGCCGAACGUGCUGCUGCACCAUAUGUCCCUCCCAGCCCUGACGACAAGACUCCGCGAGAUAUGAGGGAAGCAAGCGACUACUACCUUACCCCGCGUGCGCAGCAUCCCCGCGCUGCAAACAAGAUGUUGUAUCUUAGCUUCCCUCGAGUGCUCACCUUUGAUGCCUUUCAUCUAGCGGAUUUGUACCUUAAGCAGCCUAUUAUUCUAAUCGCCGGUGAACAGGCAGGCUCGCUGUGGCACACCGAGAAAUUGGACAAACUUAUCGGCGGCGCGACGAAGAAGCUCAUUGUUCCCGGUGCUGCACAUAUGGACUUUUAUGAUAAUGAGAAAUAUCUGGGACCAGCUGUUAACAAUAUUGCUGAAUUCAUGAAGAAGCAGUUGGCUUGAAAUCCGGUGUGUUGAAAGGUGUUGAGCCACAGAGCAGCAGCAACGCCGAAUGGAGCUUCCAGAUUCUUCUAAAGUUUUUGUGAAAUUGGACGACUUAAUGUAUUAUUUAUUUUGUCAAUAGUUGCUUAACUAGUUGCAAUUCGAAUUACUUGUUCCAACA